CUGCAGAAUAAACGGUUAGGAAGUGAAAGUGAAAGUCAGAGUCUCCAUUUUGUGUGGAGGGGAAAAUACCGCAUUUCAGGAGUAAAAACACAAAUGAUGGAGGGAAAGAGAUCAGACUCACCAGAACCCAGCUGUGUGUCCAUGAAGAGUGACGCGUCAAUGGGUCGUCCAAUUUACUUCAGAGACGGAGCCAGUUCUCCUGAUGUGAGACCACAACAGAAGACAUCAAACCUCAGCAGAAAUCAGCUGGACUCCAUAUUCAAGGAGCUGGAGCACAAAGUCGUCACUCUGAUAAAGAAUGAGCUGCAGAGGUUUAGGAAGCUCCUGAGUCCAGAUUACCCAGCAUGCACUGAGACGGAGGUGCAGGAUGAGGAGGAUCUGCACAGUGUCAGAGAGGGAGCGCUGAAGAUCACACUGCACGUCCUGAAGAUCAUGAACCACACAGAUCUCGCUAACACACUGCACAACAAGUCUGUGGCCCCUGUGUAUCAGACAAAGCUGAAAUCCAGCCUGAGAGAGAAGUUGAAAAGAAUUAAUGAAGGAAUCUCACAGCAUGGAAGCUCAGCACUUCUGAAUGAGAUCUACACAGAUCUCUACAUCACAGAGGGUUGGAGUGGAGACGUCAAUAAUGAACAUGAGGUGAGACAGAUUGAGACAGCGUCCAGGAGACCAGCAACACAGGAGACACCCAUCAAAUGUAAUGAUCUUUUUAAAGACAAGUCCAUCAGAAGAGUUCUGACUAAAGGAGUUGCUGGAAUUGGAAAAACAGUCUCUGUGCAGAAGUUCAUUCUGGACUGGACUGAAGGAAAAGCAAAUCAGGACGUCUUCUUCAUGUUUCCACUUCCCUUUAGAGAGCUGAAUCUGAUGAAGCAGAAACAUCUCAGUCUGAUGGAUCUUCUUCAUCAUUUUUUCCCUGAAAUAAGAAAACUAGAAGUAAUAGACUCCUACAAAGUGGUGUUGAUCUUUGAUGGUCUGGAUGAGUGUCGACUUCCUCUAAAUUUCCAGAAGAAUGAGAGACUGUGUGAUGUGACAGAGUCAGCCUCAGUGGAUGUGCUGCUGACAAACCUCAUCAAGGGGAAUCUGCUUCCCUCUGCUCUCCUCUGGAUAACCUCUCGACCAGGAGCAGCCAAUCAGAUCCCUCCUGAGUGUGUAGACCAGGUAACAGAGGUACGAGGGUUCAGUGAUCCUCAGAAAGAGGAGUACUUCAGGAAGAGGAUCAGUGAUCAGAGCCUGGCCAAUAAAAUCAUCUCACACAUGAAGUCUUCAAGAAGCCUCUACAUCAUGUGCCACAUUCCAGUCUUCUGCUGGAUCUCAGCCACUGUUCUAGAGAGAAUGUUGGGUGAAGCAGAGAGUGGAGAGAUCCCCAAGACUCUGACUCAAAUGUUCACACACUUCCUGAUCUUUCAGAUCAAACACAAGGACCAAAAGUACCAUCAGAAAUGUGACCCUGAUCCUCAGCAGACCAGAAAGAGUAUCCUGGCACUGGGAAAACUGGCUUUCCAACAGCUGGAGAAAGGAAACCUGAUCUUCUAUGAGGAAGACCUGAGAGAGUGUGGCAUUGAUGUCAGAGAAGUGUCGGUGUACUCAGGAGUGUGUACCCAAAUCUUCAGAGAGGAGUUUGGACUUCACCUGGGGAAGGUGUUCAGCUUUGUACAUCUGAGUGUUCAGGAGUUUCUGGCUGCUUUAUAUGCAUUUUUCUGCUUUAUUUUUAGAAAGACAAAUGUGUUAGUGGAGCAAAGCACUGGACGUUCUAAUUUCUUCAGAAAGUCAGACAUGUCUGAUCUCCUCAGGAGCGCAGUGAACAAGGCCUUACAGAGUGAGAACGGACACCUGGACCUGUUCCUCCGCUUCCUUCUGGGUUUCUCACUGGAGUCCAAUCAGACUCUCUUACGAGGCUUAAUGCCACAGACAGGAAGCAGCUCUCACAGCAAACAGGAAACAGUCGAGUACAUCAAGGAGAAGAUCAGGGAGAAUCCAUCUCCAGAGAAAUCCAUCAAUCUGUUCCACUGUCUGAAUGAACUGAAUGAUCAUUCUCUAGUGCAGGAAGUACAGACUUACCUGAACAGAGGAGGUGACAGUCGUCUCAGUGGAACCAGACUCUCUCCUGCUCAGUGGUCAGCUCUGGUGUUUGUGUUACUGAACUCAGAUCAGGAGCUGGAUGAGUUUAAUUUGAGGAAAUAUGACCCAUCAGAGGAAUGUCUUCUGAAGCUGCUGCCAGUGGUCAAAGCCUCCAGAAGAGCUGAGCUGUGUGGGUGUGAUCUGACAGAGGAAAGCUGUAGAGUUCUGUCCUCAGUUCUCAGAUCAAACUCCUCCAGACUGAGAGAACUGAACCUGAGUCACAAUAACCUGCAGGAUUCAGGAGUGAAGCUGCUCUCUGCUGGACUGGAGAAUCCACACUGUACACUGGAGAUACUGAGGCUGUGGGGGUGUAAUCUGACAGAGGAAAGCUGUAGAGUUCUGUCCUCAGUUCUCAGAUCAAACUCCUCCAGACUGAGAGAACUGAACCUGAGUAACAAUAACCUGCAGGAUUCAGGAGUGAAGCUGCUCUCUGCUGGACUGGAGAAUCCACACUGUACACUGGAGACACUGAGGAUGCAGUACUGCAGGAUUACAGAUGAAGGUUGUGCUGCUCUGGCUUCUGCUCUGAGGUCAAACUCCUCAUCACACCUGAGAGAACUGGAUCUGAACGGUAAUAAUCCAGGAGAAUCAGGAGUGAAGCUGCUCUCUGAUCUACUGAAGGAUCCACACUGUAACCUGGAGACACUACACAUUAACUAUAAUAAACUCACCAGGACCGGCGUAUGACGGGAGUCUCACCUCAAACCUCUUCUCCAGGAUAAAGCAGUCUUGGUGAAGAGUUAGAACCCGUCCCACAUUUCCAGCAGUUUGGGAGCUGAAUCAUUAAACUUAAAGGGGCGGAGCAGAAACAAAGUUAAGAACAGGCAGAAGGUCGUACACAGGAGAAAUCAACACACAUAACCAAAUAUCUGCUGUACAAAGCACCGGCACCGAUCUGCCCCGGGGAUGGAGACUGACGAGGCUUAAGUACACGUCCGGAAAUGUACAGCCAACUCAUCCCAAAGGCGGGAGCAGGCGUGUACGAGAUGUGAUCGUCCAAUGGCAAGCAGGAACAUGACGCACUGCAGUGGACUGGGCUUAAAAGAGGAGGAAAGAAGACACCCAUCCCUCCCCCGACAUAGACACACGAAUGCAACACAGUACAAACAGAAAUACAUCUGAGGACGUAACAAUGGCCAAGUAUCAAAUAAAAUGUAAACGUGCAUUGAUGAAGGUAAUGUUGUUAGUAAUUGUUUAUAAAUUACCAUGGUAACACGGAGCUCCAAGUUAUAAAAGUUUGUCAUCAACCAAACAGUAACCAGUUUUAAUACCUAAAAAAGUUUACGUAGCAAAAUUUAGCAAAGCGCUUUACAGUAAAUUAAAAUGUAAAAUUAAACUAAUGAAAUGUUGUGCAGCACAUGCUUAUGUUAAUGUUUGUUUCAUUAUAUGAUCAUAUAAAUAAAUAAAUACUCCCAAAGUCACCAGAAUUGAAAGCUUUUUGCUGUUAAACAUUUAGAGAUUGAGGUUGUGGUGACUCAGUAUUUCACUCAGUAUAUCUGGGUAAGACACAGUGAACGACUCACUGCUGGCAUUCAUGAAGAAAUCAUAAACUCCACUGGAAUAAUAAAUAGGAUCUAAUAAAACCAUGAGUGGAAAUUAUUGGUGUAAGUUUGUUAGGAUAGACUUCCUCCAACCUGGAACUAUAUCCUCCAGUCCACGCGGUGGCGGUAACGCGCCUAACAGCUGCGUCUCCGACCAGUAGAAAUCACAGAAGAAGAAAAAGCUGCAGCGGGUAUCUCCUGAGCAGUUGAGUUAUUACACCGAACUAAUCAUCUCCAGAUUAAAUUAUUUCUGACAGUUUUACAGUUAUAUUUGAUCCAGUUUAAACAUAAAAGCUGGUUAUUUUGUCUGUGUUUGAAGAAUUAAAACUUCGUUCUGUUUUUAAACCCGAGAUUCUUACUGAGGUGCUGUUUUCCACAUGCAGUGCUUGGCUGUGUUGGAGGUCACCAAGAAAGACUUCCUGGCUGUCAUGUGGAAGCUAAGUGGGCUGGGGUCAAAAGGGUUUCUGGCCAUGGUGCUUGUGCUGCAGUGAUCUUGUUCUCCAUCACACUCCAACACAGGUAGCCAUCUUCACCCUCUCCCAAGAGGUGAAGAGUCAAGACUCACAGGGGACAAGGUGGGGGGACACCCAGGACAGGGUGCCAACCCAUUGCAGGGCACAAUUGCACACAUUUUUUAGAGAUGCCAAUCGGCCUAUGACACAUGUCCUUGGACUGCGGGAGGAAACCAGAGUACCGGAUGAAACCCCCUGAAGCACGAUGAGAACUACGAUGCAGGGCAGAGGCAGGAAUCGAACCUCCAACCCUGGAGGUGCAAGGCAAACAUGCUAACCUGGGGGCAGCAAUUGCCUUGGGCCCCGAGCUAGCAAGAGCCCCCAAAACGCUGCAUAAACUUAUAUGUCCAAAGCCCAGGCUGACCCCCCACCCCUUCAACCUCUGCAGCAAUGCUGGCAGCACUAUUUCCCAAAGACAACCUCUGGAUAUGACGCUGAGCACGUGUACUCAACUUCUUUGGUCGACCAUGGCGAGGCCUGUUCUGAGUGGAACCUGUCCUGUUAAACCGCUGUAUGGUCUUGGCCACCGUGCUGCAGCUCAGUGUCAGUGUCCAAAGCCCGUGGUGGUGGCAGUGCAUGGCGUGUGUGUGGAAGCAGGAGUGGAUCUAAUCACAGCCUGUGAUAUUCGUCUGUGCACACAGGAUGCCUGGUUUCAGGUGAAGUCGUGUGUUCCCUGAUAGUCAAUGAUUGCUGGAGCUCUGGAAAUAGCAGGUGAGAUUGCAGGCCGAGUCCCGUCGCUGUCCAGGGAACCAAAAUCAACCUCCUCUACUCCUGAGACCACAGUGUGACUGAGAGCCUAGACUACAUGGCUACUUGGAACAUGAACAUGUUGCAGACACAGGAUCUUAUGAAGUCAGCGCAGGCAGCCCUAGAAAAGAAGAGUCCGAAAGACGUGCCCUUCUCCAAGCUUUAAAGGAGAAGAUCCAGGGCUGUUGAAGCUGCGGUGGAACUGAGACUUCAUCAUCCACAUAUCUUUAAUUCUUCUUGCUAAGUCUCAGUUUCUUUUUAGUCUUUUUAUUUUUAGACUGGUCAAAAGACUGAUUAGUGGACGUGAAAUGAUGGAUGAACUUUUAAUUACUUGCUUUAUUAUUUGCAGGUGCCUUGUACAGUAAGACAGGGUAACUAAUACUCAAAAGCUUGUUUUGUGUGUUAACAUGUACAGUAGAUGGACAUAUUUUUUCUGGUGCUGUGUGACUGCAGAAUGUAGUGCAGUUAACACAGUAAAUUUCCUUGGAUGCUCACUUUUAACUCGAGGAGGUCACAGUUUGCCCAGACAUCUUUUAUAUAAAUCUGUUAAUCUGUCACCCACACGUCAUUCUGGGGGACGAAGAGGAGGAAGCUGGACAGAUAAAUUUAUUUAUUUAUUUAUCAUUGCUGUGUUUCCUCAAUCGAGUGCAGAAAGAAGAAAAACAACACAACUGAUUUAAAAUAAAAAUAUAGAAAACAAUCUAAUGUAAGGUUCUGAUCCGGUUUGCUUUCAGCAGGAAGGCUGUCCUCUUUCCUGUUGCUCUUUCCCUUCUAUUAGUCCAUUUGUCCAGUCUGAAUCGGUUUGAUUCGUUUCGAGACGAUUCGGAGUCAAAUAAUUUUCUAGUGAGAGUCGCACACUUCCAAACGAACUAGACUGAGAUGAGUAUUUGAUUCUCACAAGAAAGUUAUUCGACUCUGAAUCAACUCGAAAUGAAUCAGUCAAACUGAUUCAGACUCUAUAAAAGGACUAUGAGAUGUGAUUAAGAUAUAUAUUCCAAUGUUUUGCUUUACAAUUCCACUGUGUGUGUGUGUGUGUGUGCGCACGUGUGUUUUUCAGGGGAAUGAGAAACUCUGACACAACAGUACAUCCUGACCAUUGGUACUGUGUACACAUCAACAUACACACACGUCUCCAUGCUGGACAUCUCAGGAGCUUUCACACACAGUGCUAGGAAUAUCACAGGACAGAGAAACGCACCUCCAAAGUGAGCGAGUUUAGUGUCAACCGGUGAAAUUUGCUGUAGCGUGAACGCUUCGCCUCUGUAAGCUUCACUCUCCGUCAGGUUCACUGUAAUUAGACAUAAAAUGUACAUAAUGUUUAUUUUUCAUACAUUUAGGAUUUCAUGUUUUUUUUUUUUUUUUUUUUUACUCUUCGAGGAACAGAAAUGAUCUUUCGAGGCAGCUUCUUCAUCACUACCUGCUCUGUUUGACUCAAAAAUGUAACGACCGGUUUCAAAAAGUCACGAUGUCUUCAGUUCAUGUGAUUUUACUGUUGAAUUUAAACAGGAAAUGUGAAAUAUUUUUUUCCUUUGUUUCCUCUACUGUCUUUUUGCUGUGAUCUUGAACACAGUUGUAAUUUUUUUAAAAUAAUAAAUAAAUGAUCAUUCUAUUCUUUCUCACUUUCCUUGUCCUAAUUGUCCUGUAUCUGUUAAAUCCGUUUUAUCUCUGGUCUUUCUGUCUGUAUGAACACUUGUAGAAAUGACUUGUAGUCCAUAUUUUUAAAUGAUUCAUGAUUUUGAAUUUAAAUAAAGAUAUUCUUUAAUUCUG